GCACCUAUUGUUCCUCUAAGUAAACUUACAGACAGAUGCCCUGCACUGUCCCGCAGUGUGGGAGAGAGCCCAGAGAGUCAGGAGGAGGGAGACGGUUAGUGUUUGCAUCGAGCUGCCAGACAACACAGACCUGGACACACCGCACUGCACCGGCCUCGUCUCCAGCGGCCCCCGCGUCCUCUCCGGCCGUCACGCGUGUCCCCAGCCUGUCUGCUUGCUGUCACCGUGGAGUGGAGGUCUGAUGCUCUGACACCAUGCUGCUGCUGAUGUCGCUGCUGCUGCUUACGGGGCUGGACUGCUUGCUGGGAGCCCCGGCAGGUAGAGAGGUCUACAGGAUGCCACAGAGUGCACUGAAAGCUCUGUCUGACCGUGGCACUGUUGUUUUGGAAGCAGCCAUGACGAGUGCGCUGUCCGCUCUUGAACGUGCCUCAUCUGAUAGAAGUCGGGCUGAAGCCGGCUGCCGGGGUUGUGUUCCCUGUCUGUUUCAGAACUGUGGACAGCUGUCGGGCUCCUGCUCGUCUCCAUCCAGUGCCUUAUCAGAGCCCAGCUGCGACGCCAUCAGCAAGGCCCAGAAGCUUCAGGACGAAGCAGAGCGGAGCUGGGCUCUGAGUCAAGCCUGCGCGUACUACCAGCAUCGCUGUCCACCUGGUGAACAGGAUAACGAGAGCUGCAUCAGGAUCAUGGGUGAGAGCUGCAGCGCCCGUGUCCUCCAGUGCAGCCUGCUCAACACGAUGCAAAACCUGGAACCUGCCAUGCAGACACGUGCACAGGCAGUGUGUGGCCAGAGAUCAUCCACUGUGCAAAACAUCACGCAGCCUCGCUCCAGGAUCGUGGGCGGCUCCCCCGCUCCUCCAGGUAGCUGGCCCUGGCUCGUCAACCUGCAGCUAGAUGGAGCCCUGAUGUGUGGAGGGGUGCUAGUGGACAGCUCCUGGGUGGUCACAGCCGCACAUUGUUUUGCUGGAAGUCACAGUGAGAGCUCCUGGACAGCUGUAGUGGGCGAGUUUGACAUCACCAAGACUGACCCUGAUGAGCAGAUUCUCAAAGUGAACCGUAUCAUUCCACAUCCUAAGUUCAACCCAAAGACUUUUAACAACGACAUAGCCCUGGUAGAGCUGACGUCCCCAGCAGUCCUGUCUGAGCAUGUCACCCCGGUGUGCCUCCCUUCCAGCGUGGACCCCCCCACUGGUAGCCCUUGUCUAGUGGCAGGUUGGGGGUCCCUCUAUGAGGAUGGUCCAUCUGCCGAUGUGGUGAUGGAGGCCAAAGUGCCCCUGUUGCCUCAAAGCACCUGUAAGAGCACGCUUGGCAAAGAACUGGUCACCAACACGAUGCUGUGUGCUGGUUAUCUCUCCGGAGGCAUAGACUCCUGUCAGGGAGAUUCUGGAGGCCCUCUGAUCUACCAGGACCGGAUCUCAGGUCGAUUCCAGCUCUAUGGCAUCACCUCCUGGGGAGACGGCUGUGGGGAGAAAGGAAAGCCUGGAGUUUACACGCGCGUGUCUGCGUUCUCUGACUGGAUUCAGGCCGAGAUACAGAAGUCAUUUGGGAGCCGGGAGCCAACAUGUCCAGAGCUCCUCAAGACAACUGAAAUGACAGAAGGGGAGCAGCGGUCAGAGUUCAGCUCUCUGUGUCGCUUCUAUACCCUGACCUGUCCUCCUGGUCAGGCUGCCAGCGCAUGCAGCCAAAUGGCAGAGGACAAAUGCCUCACCCGCUUCAAGAAAUGUCAGUUACGCUCAUUCCUGCAGACACUGUUGGACUUGCUCCAGAGGGCCGAGGACUACAUCAGGGACAAAGUGGACUUGACUUUCUUCACCCAGACUCUGCCUCAGCUCGUGGAGCACGUCUACAACACGGCGUUCACACACAUUAGAGAGAGGAGGGACCUGGGCCUGAGCCAUGGCCUCACACAGAUUGAAGAACAGCUAGGUGGAGCUGUGGUGCCAGUGGAGCACGACACUUCUCCGGCUCCUCCGGCCUUAUUCAGAGAUGUGGGACCCUCCGUAGACGACUGGGAGAAAUACUUGAGAAACAUGGCUGGUGAUUCGGACAAACAAGACUCUGACACAUCCACUGAUGUCUCCUCCGCACAAAGAAGACAGGAGGACAGCAUUUUCUCACAGAUGCAGGACUCUUCAGUACAACAGCUGGAGGUCGAAUAUCGAUCUGUCAUCUCAGCUCUGCGCUCCAAACUGGACUCGAGAGCUGCUCCUCCUCUCCUGCACCUGGACCCGGUCUACCUCCAGUGGGAGUCUGGCAGCAAUCAGCCUCUUCUUACUUCUUUUUCCACCGAAGCACCGGUUCGCACCGACCUGUUCUCAUCUUUCCAGGAAUCACAAGAGCCUUGGUCACUUCUGACAGCCCUGAUGAAUGAAAUUCAGAAACUGAGAACACAUGACGGGGUUGGAGGUGAAAACCCAUCACAAAGCGAAGCCUCAUCCAGCAGAGACGCUCCUCCUGAUGUGAAAUGGAGCACCACGUCAGAGGAUUUUACAUUUGUUGAGAACGGAGACGUAACAGAAAAACCUUCAGAGUCACUGCUUCCGGUGCAGUCGACAACUGUGGUCCAGCCGGUCGCCGAGAGCCCUCACACAGAGGCUGGAGACCCCAGACUGACUGCUGACAAACCUUUAAGUCUUCACAGAAAAUACAGGAGCCUUCUCCGUAAGAGGCAGACACCUGGUGCCAGUGGAAAAAUUUGUCCUGGAGUGACAGAGUCUUCGCAGCGUGUCAGCCAAAUCAGAGACUCCUACAGCUGGGUCUUAAACCUCCCAAGCAAGAAUCUACGCAUGAACUUCCAAGAGGUGUUAGUUGAUCUGAACUCCAAGAACGACCGAGGUCUUUACCAGGCUCGGAUCAGAGCUGUAGUGGGAGGACGACCCGUGACCUUCUACAGUCUUGUUGGCCUGGAGAACGAGUCAUUUUACCGCAGUGUGCCAAGGAUCAUCGCUCUGGCGCUGGAGACUCUCAAGUCUUGACGUGCGAGAAUGCAAUGCACACAGGGACUCACAUGGCAGAAGAUGGCGCGGAGCCUCCUCAAGUGAGGUGACAUGGAACUGAAAACUAAAGACAGACGCGAACACUGUAAAGCGAAAGCUCACUCAAACUUCAGUUGUCUACUGUGAAAAACUUUUUUUUUUUUUUGCCCCCCAACUGAGAGGCUGACUCUAAAAACAUGAAUGUAUCGAUCGACCAGCAGUCACACACCAAGUGGUGGUUGGAGAUGCAGCCUUGCCUAACUUAUGAAUCUGUACAAAAUGAUAAGUUAUUCAUGUUGUCUUUUGCAAAGGUUGAGCCUCUUGUGAAGCACAGACUGUAUAUAUUAUUCAUGUCAUCUCCUUUUCUUACAAUAUUUAUUUGUAUAGAGAAAAAAUCUUUGUAUUUUUGUAAAAAAAAAGAAAAAAAAAGAAAAAAAAAUUCUAUAUAUAAAAUAAACUUGUUAUUACCGCUCUG